GAAGCCCCGCCCCCAGAGGACCGAGUCUUUUCAAAUCACUGCCUCUGGUCUCGGGGUGGAGUUUGCGCCCUCGUGAUGUCCGGGCUCGGGAUCGCGGGCGUUUCGGGGAAGUGAGAGCGUCUAGCUGCUUGUGACCUGGCUCCUGAGGUCCCGAGGCAGAUCCCCUCCCUGCAGCCACAUGGCCACACUGAACCUUCUGCUGCUGGCCGCGCUGCUGUGCGCCAAGUCUGAGGCCCUGAGCUGCCAUGGGGACUCCGGGCAGCCUGUGAACUGGUUCGUAGUCUACAAGCUGCCAGCCGUCAGUGGGUCCGGGGAUGCGGCGAUGAGAGGACUGCGCUACAAAUACAUGGACGAGAGCACCGGGGGUUGGCGCGAUGGCGCGGGGUCCAUCAACAGUUCUAACGGGGCCGUGGGGCGCAGCUUGCCGCUGUACCGCAGCAACUCUAGCCAGCUCGCCUUUGUGCUUUACAACGACCAGCCGCCUCAACCCAGCCAGGCUCAGGACUCUUCCAGGCGUGGACACACCAAAGGUGUCCUGCUUCUGGAUCAGGAAGGGGGCUUCUGGCUGGUCCACAGCGUGCCACGCUUCCCUCCAACUGCUUCCUCUGGGGCGUACAGCUGGCCUCAUAAUGCCCAAGCCUACGGGCAGACCCUACUCUGCGUGUCCUUUCCCCUCACCCAGUUCCUAAGGAUUGGCAAGCAGCUGACCUACACCUUUCCCCUGGUCUAUGACUACAAGCUGGAAGGCAUCUUUGCCCAGAAAUUCCCUGACCUGGAGGAGGUCAUCAAGGGUCACCAUGUCAUCCACAAACCCUGGAACAGCAGUGUAACACUCACAUCACAGGCAGGGACGACCUUCCAGAGCUUUGUCAAAUCUGGAAAGUUUGGAGAUGACCUGUACUCUGGUUGGUUGGCAGAAGCCCUAGGCAGCAACUUGCAGGUCCAAUUCUGGCCAAACUCUCCAGGCAUCCUGCCUUCCAACUGCUCCAGGACCCACCAGAUUCUGGAUGUGACAGAGACAAGCUUCCCUGGGCCAAGCGGACCAACCUUCAGUGCCACAGAGGACCACUCCAAAUGGUGUGUGGCCCCAGAAGGGCCCUGGGCCUGUGUCGGAGACAUGAAUCGCAACCGAGGAGAAGAGCACCGGGGUGGAGGCACACUCUGUGCCCGGUUGCCAGCCCUCUGGAAGGCCUUCCAGCCCCUGGUGAAGGCGUGGGAGCCCUGUAGGGAAGACAACAGGGCCUAGAAAACCCGCAGAGCAAAGAACUAAGGCUCGGGAACCAUUCUGAACUGUUUUUUGUGGAUGGAACCCAGGGCCUCAUCGAUGCUAAACGAGCACUCCCCCAGCCUUGUACUUGAGUUUGAAUCUGGCUCCAGCCCCUUCCUAAUGGUGUGAUCUAAAU